CCACCCAGAGCGCAGAGGUGUGCGGUCGCUGCUGCUGGAAGGAGCCCACCCUCUUCAGGUAGAAUCAUCCAGCGCGGGUUAGAGAGGCAGAGCCGCUGCAUGCCAUGGCGAGAAACGGCAGCGUGUGUUCGGCCGCGCGGAGCCAGCUGCAGGACUCCUCUGAGUCGGACUCGGAACCGGAGGGGGGUCCUGCUCGUCCGGCGGGAGUCGAGCCCGCGCCCGGCUCUUUCGCCCGCACCCAGGUGAUCCACAGCGGACACUUCAUGGUGUCGUCGCCGCACAGCGACUCUGCGGCGCGCCGCAGGAAGAGCGGCGGCUCGCUGCGGUACGACUUCGACACGGUGAACAGGACGUGGUGCCAGACCUACCGGUACCACUCCGGGAGCCUGAGCAUCGACCCCACUCUCACCCGGCUGUUCGAGUGCAUGUCUCUGGCUUACAGUGGGAAAAUAGUCUCUCCCAAAUGGAAGUCGUUCAAGGGUCUGCGCUUGCUUUGGAGGGAUAAGAUCCGUCUGAACAACGCAAUAUGGAGAGCCUGGUUCAUUCAGUCUGGCAUCACUGUUGCCUUUCAGAAAAAAGGUCCUGGGCUGGAAUCCCAUGUGGAGAAGAGGAAGAACCCGGUGUGCGGGUUCGUCACGCCGCUGGAAGGCUCCGAGGCAGAAGCUCACCGAAAGCCUGAGGCAAUCAUUUUGGAGGGCAGCUACUGGAAGAGGAGGAUUGAAGUGGUGAUUAAGGAGUACCACAAGUGGAGGAUUUAUUACAAGAAAAGGCUGCAGAAGAAGAAGGAUGACAUCCUGUCGAUGCUGCAGGAGGGGCAGACCUGCCAGACCAAGCUGGACAGAUGGUCCAGUCACUCCUACCAGCAACCUGAAGUCGCCCCCGUAGAGGCCCACAUGUUUGACCUGGACUGCCUUCUGUCCGACAUCUCCGACACGCUGUUCACCAUGACCCAGAAACCCUGUCCCUGGACCAGCGACAGACACAACACAUACACAAGCAAUGCUGACAUGAUCCAGCCGGGCCUGACGCCGCUGCAGCCCAGUAUGGACGACUUCAUGGACAUCCCAGAUAUCUUUCUGAACUACCGAGGUCAGCCCACUCACCAGAGUGGGUUUGCCGACUGUAGCUACUUUGACGGUCCACCCUGCACAGCUUAUGCUCCCGCUCCCUCUCCUGUUGUGACGGCCCCUCAGCUUCUUAUCGACACCCAGCUGGCUCAGCCUACUCUGUCUUCUGACAGUCUAGCCCAGCCCUCUACAUCCAGCCCUCGCUCAGAGCAGACCAGGGCGAGCCAGGACUGUGGCGAGUACCAUACGUCCAGCAUGGCAUCCGGAGCCAUGUCGUAUGGACAUCAGUCGUACCACGAUGCGUCUUCGUCUACGGCAUACACCAGUAACGCAGAGCAGCCAGUCUCUGCAAGCGUCCCUUUCCUGCACCCGCUGCCGUGUCACAAGUUUGGGCUCUACACAACGACGAGCGUGACCUCUACCGUUAUCACUCACACGGCCUCCACCAUGGGAGCGCAGGGCUCCGUGUACCAGGCUCAUACCUACGCUCCGGCGGUGGACCCGUACUCCCAGACCCACUGCCACUCUCUCAGUUACCCGGCCGCCGCGUCGGACCCGGUCCACGCAGCGCUGGCUCCUGUCACAGCGACCCACUGCCUGUCUGUCCCGGAGCAGCUGGUUGUUUCAGGGGCCAGGGGGAAACACAAGCAGAAGACAGGAGGACUGCGGACAGCUGGGUCCCCCGAUUUGCCCUCCAACCCCCAAUCCACUGCCCCCAUCCCCACCAGCUGCCUGGCUAAGCUGCUUUCCUCCAGCACACAUGACAGAAAACCAACACUUGGAUUUAAUAGCACCUCUCUGAUGACAACUAAAGGUCAGAGGUCAACAUCUAAGAGCUCUGUGAAAACAUGUGUUGUUCAGCAGACAAGCCGCGCCGCUCCAGCUGGCAGCGUUUCCUCGACACUGCAGCACGGAGCAGGUUGGCGUACAGUGAUGACGCCGCGGCUUGGCCACAGCGGGCCGCGCGCCAGCACCUCGAGAGGCUCAGCGGUGUCCGCUCUUCUCACCCACGGGUCCACCAACAGCACCGCCGCCCCGCUCAUUCCCAAGACCGAGAAGCUGUCACCUGUUCCCCUCUACGCCACAGACAGGAGCAGCCUGACCGUUCAGUUCAGUGCUCAUCCAGGCCAAAUCUCUCCACCAAACCCUCUAGACAAAGCCUCCAAUCCCGGCUCCCCGCAGUCCGGCUUCUCAGGACAAGGGAAGCUGGAGUCUAACAAGCAAACGGAGACCAGGAGGAUAACUCACAUCUCUGCCGAGCAAAAGAGACGUUUCAACAUCAAACUGGGAUUCGACACUUUACAUAACCUGGUGACGACGCUCAGCUCCCAGCCGAGCAUAAAGAUCAGCAAAGCCACGACGCUGCAGAAGACUGCCGAGUACAUCAGCAAGAUGCAGCAGGAGAGAGCUCAGCUGCACGAGGAGGUCCAGAGACUCCGAGAGGAGAUCCAGCACCUGAACUCUGCCAUCAAUGCUUGCCAGCAGCAGCUCCCAGCCACAGGUGUCCCCAUCACACGGCAGCGCUUUGACUACAUGAGGCAAAAGUUCAGAGAGUACGUCCGGGCUCAGACUCUGCAGAACUGGAAGUUCUGGAUCUUCAGUAUCAUCAUUGAGCCUCUGUUCGAGUCCUACAAUGGGAUGGUUUCCACGGCCAGCGUGGAAGACCUGUGUCGAUCCACUCUCUCCUGGUUGGACCAGCACUGUGCCUUGCCUGCUCUUAGACCCAUGGUUCUGAGUUCACUCCGUCUCUUGAGUACAACCACAGCCAUCCUGACUGACCCUAGCCUCCUACCGGAGCAGGCUGCACUCGCAGUGACCCAGGGGGAGCCUGCUCCUGCUAUGGACCACUCCUUACAGCCCAUCAUGCGGCAGUAGUGUGCGCAGCUUACGGACCAAUUAAGAAUACCCUCGGAAGAAAAUCCUGUUUAGUGAAGGGACGGAAAUAUGGAAAGUCACUUCAAAAUUCAUUCAUGCUUUGUGGUGGCCCCUGGUGUCUAAAAAGUGCAGUUAAGACCCACCUUUAUUAUGUUUAUUUUCCGCUACUACAAGAUUUAUGUAUACAAGCUUUAAUUAGUGCCACCUGGAGUUCAAAAAGUAUAUCACCACUUUUUAAACUGCUUAACAAAACCCUUAUCUAGCUAUCUGUCUAGCUAACCAGCUAGAUAGUAUUAAGAGGGGAAAAAUUCUAAAACUUUAAAAACCUUUUGACCUGUUAUAUCCUCUCUCUGCCCGGAUUCAGAAAAAUGCUGUGCGCAAGAACUGAGAUCACGCAGAGAUAACAGCGUCACAAAUAUCAGCAUUUAUUCAAGACAGAUGGAUACUAUCACCAGAGAAGCACAUCACAUAACAUCAGAAACCUCAGUGCACAAACAACACAUGAAUUUACCUGAGAAAAGGAAAAAAAGACAAAAGAUGAAACGACAAACAAAAAGCAAAGACGUCUUUGGAGAAAUUGCAAAGAGCAAAAUCUGAUAGGUUACUUCUGUGUGGAAAGUUUUUAUAGUAAAGGCGUAUUCUUGUCUUUAAUUUAUUCAAAUAAGGCGUAUCUUUGCUCAUCCAACCAGAACUUGUCUCUGACCUUUUUGAAGUUAGAAACUCCCUGCAAUUUGUUCACAAGAUCAAACACCAGUUGUCACCAUUGUCUAAAUAAGGUGGAAGCAGACUCUCCUGAUCUCCUGCAGCUUGUUGGCUUUCACAGAUCAGUGUGAAAAGCUGGAACUUUCUACUGAUUGCUACUGAGGGCAGAUCAAAGAUCUUGGCAAACAAUCUGCCUUAACUACAGGUAAAAUAAAGCUCAAUAGGCCAGAGUAAAUUACAAAUU